AUGGCAUCCUACGGAGCAUACACAAAACCCGGCUACAGUGCCGAUGGCGGCAACACGGGUGGUGGCUUCAUGUCCGGCUCUCAGUCGGGUAGCCAGGGCGGCGGCGGCGGACGGAACUACAACGAAGACUCCCUGCGACCCGUUACCGUGAAGCAGCUCGUCGAGACCGAAGAGGCCUAUCCCGGCGCCGCAGAGUUCACCAUUGACGGUGCCGCCAUCACACAGCUCACCCUUGUCGGCCAGGUCCGCGCCGUCAACCCCCAGCCCACAAACGUGACCUACCGCAUCGACGACGGCACCGGCUCCAUUGACGUCAAGAAGUGGGUUGAUGCCGACAAGAGCGAGGAUGAGGCCGAGGCGCCAUUUGCCCUGGACCAGUACGUGCGCGUGUUUGGUCGCCUCAAGCUGUUCAACCAGAAGCGCUACGUUGCCGCGCAUUUCCUGCGUGCCGUCGACGACUACAACGAGGUCAGCUACCACGCGCUGGAGAGCACGUAUGUGCACCUCAGUUUGACGCGCGGCGCGCCUGGCGGUGCCAACGGCGCCAAUGGCUACCACAACAAGGCCGAGGACGGCAUGUUUGUCGAUCAGGACGCCGGCGGUGCCAGCUAUGGUGUAGGCGGUGGUGGUGGUGGCGGCGGCGGCAUGGGCGGCCGCAACAUGUCGGGCGACGCGCAAAAGGUGUUUAACCUACUGCGAAACAUGUCCACAGGGAGCGAGGGUGUCGACAUCAACGUUAUGAAGAACGAGCUGCACCUCAGUCUUGGCGCAACCAUGGCUGCCGUGCAGGAGCUGGUGGACUCGAGCGUCAUCUAUGCGACAACGGAUGACAACACCUUCGCGUUGUUAGAGUAG